GCACUUUGCAAUUGAUUUAGUUUUAGUUAUUCUAAAUUUCUUUUAACACGAAUCAUAACAGGUUUAGGAAUGUAUUUGCCUUGAAAAGCUAAGUUUUGAAAUCUUAAUGUAAUGCUAAACUACACCUAAAUAAAGUUUGUUUAAAGUUCAUGAAAGUGAAAAUGAAAUUAUAGAAUCCAAUGUUUAACCCUUUUUGACUCAUUAUGCAUUAGGGUUUGGUUUAGAACUCCCCUUCCCACUGCAACUUGCUUUCCCUGUGAACGUCCCUCCGGGGAUAAAAUAUGAAAAUCGAUUUUUUUUUCCCAAGUAAAUAAAACCACAGACCUCCAUUUUAUCUGUUUCCCCCCUCUUCUGGCUACGUUUCUCUUUGUCCCGACCCUAACAAUCGAUCCUCACAAUAGCACAAAGCCUUCAAUUUGUUCAGGGUUUUGAAUGGUUGAUUCAAUCAUUUGAAGAUGAGUCCGUUUUCAAUCGCGCGCAAGAAAACGCCUUUCCAGAAGCACAGAGAAGAGGAAGAAGCCAAGAAAAAGAGGGCGGAGGAUGAAACAGCUCGAUUAUAUGAGGAGUUUUUGGCGUCUUUUCAAGGAGAUAAUACGCCUGGGUCAAAGGCAUUCGUUCGAGGUGGAACAAUCAAUCCCAAUGAGAGAUUGAAAUCCGAUUCUAAAGGUGAAAAGUCCAAAGAUGGGGUGUCUGUUCCAAAGAAGGGAAGUAGGUAUGUUCCAUCUUUUAUACCGCCUCCUUUGGCAGCCAGGGGAAAGGAAUCUGAGAAGAAGGUCAAUUUCGAUAAUGAAAUUAUGACAGAUGAGGAGGAGAGGAUAAAGGAGAAAGAGAAGGGAAAGUCUCGGAACAUUGAUCAUUUUAUGGAGGAGCUGAAGCAUGAACAAGAGAUGAGGGAGAGGAGAAAUCAGGAACGUGAAAAUUGGCAUGAUGGGCAUUAUAGUGACAGUUCAGCUCCAUCUAGUCGUUUUGAUGAACUGCUUGAUGAUUUUGAUCCUAGUGGAAAACUGCCUGGAUCAUUUGAUGAUGGUGAUCCUCAAACAACAAAUCUCUAUGUCGGAAAUCUCUCUCCAAAGGUUGAUGAAAAUUUUCUUUUGCGUACUUUUGGAAGAUUUGGUCCUAUUGCUAGUGUGAAGAUUAUGUGGCCUAGGACAGAGGAGGAGCGGAGACGGCAAAGAAAUUGUGGCUUUGUGGCUUUCAUGAAUAGAGCUGAUGGACAAGCUGCAAAAGAUGAAAUGCAAGGAGUUGUUGUCUAUGAAUAUGAGUUGAAAAUUGGGUGGGGUAAAUCUGUUGCUCUUCCAUCACAAGCAUUACCUGCUCCCCCACCUGGACACAUGGCCAUCAGGAGUAAGGAGGGCGGAUCUAUAAUCUUAUCUGGUCCUUCAGGCCCACCGGUCACAUCUGUUCCAAAUCAGAAUUCUGAACUGGUUCUUACUCCGAAUGUUCCAGAUAUAAUGGUCGCUCUACCAGAGGAUGGUCAUCUUUGCCAUGUAAUCGAUACAAUGGCUCUUUAUGUUCUUGAUGGAGGAUGUGCCUUUGAACAAGCUAUAAUGGAGAGGGGUCGUGGCUAUCCUCUAUUCAACUUUUUGUUUGAGCUAGGCUCAAAGGAACAUACUUACUAUAUCUGGAGACUAUAUUCUUUUGCUCAGGGUGAUACUCUUCAAAGGUGGCGGACAGAACCUUUUAUCAUGAUAACUGGUAGUGGAAGAUGGGUACCACCACCUCUGCCUACUACAAAAAGUCCAGAGCAUGAAAAGGACUCCAGUACCACAUAUGCUGCAGGAAGAAUCAGGCGGGUGGAGCCUGAACGAACUCUUACUGAUCUGCAAAGGGAUGAAUUUGAGGACAUGCUACGAGCGUUGACAUUAGAGAGGAUUCAGAUAAAGGAAGCUAUGGGUUUUUCUUUGGACAAUGCUGAUGCUGCUGGAGAGAUAGUUGAAGUUUUGACAGAGUCUUUGACACUUAAAGAAACACCUAUUCCAACUAAAGUUGCAAGGCUUAUGCUCGUCACUGACAUUCUUCAUAAUAGCAGUGCUCCUGUUAAAAAUGCAUCAGCUUAUCGUACUAAAUUUGAAGCAACAUUGCCUGAUAUAAUGGAGAGCUUUAAUGAUUUGUACCGCAGUGUAACAGGAAGGAUAACUGCCGAGGCCCUUAAGGAACGGGUUCUGAAAGUGUUGCAAGUAUGGUCAGACUGGUUUCUCUUUUCAGAUGCAUAUGUGAACGGACUGCGAGCCACUUUUCUUCGAUCAGGAAACUCUGGUUUGGCCCCAUUCCAUUCUAUUUGUGGUGAUGCGCCUGAAAUUGAAAAGAAGACUAGCUCAGAAGAUGCAGUUGAUGGGAUUAAGGCCAAUCCAGAUGCUGCUUUGGCGAUGGGCAAAGGUGCAGCUAUGAUGGAGCUAAUGGAUCUCCCACUCACUGAGCUGGAAAGAUUUUGUAGACAUAAUGGAUUGUCUCUUGUUGGUGGUAGAGAGAUAAUGGUUGCCAGGCUAUUAAGUCUGGAAGAUGCAGAAAAGCAGAGGAGUUAUGAACUAAAUGAGGACUUGAAGCUCAGAUCAAGUUCUAGUAGGCAUUCUAGUGGUCUGAGAGAUGCAAAUGCUAAACCAGAGCCAGUUGGAUCAUCUGGAUGGACUCAUUAUGCAGAGGAUGAGAUUCCUUCACAACACAAAGGGUCUGUACCUCUGGCUGAAACCCUUUCAAUCCCACAGCCUGAACUAAAAGCAUUCACAAAGAAAGAGAAAAUAGAUCAUGUUUUGCCUGCCUCUAAAUGGGCUAGAGAGGAUGAUGACAGUGAUGAUGAAGAAAAGAGAAGCACUAGGGGUCUGGGGUUGAGCUACCCGUUUUCUGGAAGUGAGAAUGCUGGUGAUGGUUCUAGUAAGGCCGAUGAAUCAGAGUUUGGAUCAGAUGUAAAUAUUCCAGCUCCAGCUGAAAGUAAUGAAGAGCAGAGGCAAAAGUCGAGGCGUCUGGAGGUUGCUCUGAUAGAAUAUCGAGAAUACCUUGAGGAGCAAGGAAUUAAAAAUGCCGAGGAUAUUGGGAGAAGGGUUGCAGUUCAUCGGAAACUCCUAGAAUCUGAAUAUGGUUUAUCAGAUUCUAGUAAAGAUGUUUCAGGAAGAAAAAGAAUAUCGUUGGAGAGGAGAGAUAGGCUUGAUGAUGUGCAUGAUUCUUCAAGAAAGCAGCGUCGCAGUCAAAGCCGAAGUGAGAGCCCUCCAUGGAAAUCAUCAAAUAGAGACAGGGAUAGAGAAAAUGAUCCAGGAAAGGACCGUGAAAGGCACAGGGAUAGAGAUAGAUCUCAUGAUGUGGAAAGUGAAAGGGGGAGAGAUAGGGAGCGGGACCGUCGUGAAAAGAGUGGAAGCAGGGAAAGGGAUGACCAUGGCAGGGAUAGAGGCAGGGAUAGGAGAAGGAGAAUAACAUGAGAUAUUACCUUUUGUAGGCCUUCUUUUUUCAGCAUUUGUUGAGUAUGCUAAUGGGCAAUAGAUGACCAAGUUGGUUUCUGAUCUGUGUAGGAUGGUUUGAGAUGAGUGUAUGACUGGGUUGGCCUUGGAGGCUGCGGCUUCUGUCAAACAAUACUUGAAUGCAAAAAUUCCAUCUGUGACAGCCCAUGAGAGGAAGUAUGGUUCUCAUUGAACCAUAUUGUAGUAACAUGUACUUUUAAUUCCCUUACCUUAAAAUUUAAUGGCACUUCCUUAUUAUGUGCAUUUUGCCAAAUAAAGUUAAUUGCCUACAAUAUUUAGUCCCUACGUCUUUCUCUUUCUUGGAUCUGUUGAUAAGGAAAUAUCAAAGUUCUCAGAAUUGAA